GGGGGAGGGGAGCGGCUGCCCGCGAGUAACCCCGCCGCGAGCGCCCCGCGCGACCUCUCUGCCGCCUCGGCCGUGACGCGGCGGGCGCGCGCAAAGAUGGCGGCGCUGAGCAAGUCCAUCCCCCACAGCUGCUAUGAGAUCGGGCACACCUGGCACCCCCGCUGCUCCGUGGCCGUGCUGCACGUCACGCAGGGAGCGCUCUCCGAGUCCCUCCGCAUCUACGGCACCCUCUACCUGAUUGCAGCUAUUCUCAGGAAACGAAAACUUGACUAUUAUUUGUACAAAAUGCUACCUGAGAUCUUGCAAUCAACUUCCUUUCUGACAGCAAAUGGGACCUUGUAUAUUGCUUGCUUUUGCAUUCUAAGGAAGAUACUUGGAAAAUUCUAUUUUUGGUCCCCUGGCUUUGGUGCUGCAUUACCUGCCUCUUAUAUGGCUAUUCUCAUCGAAAGGAAAAGCAGGAGAGGUCUCCUCACAAUUUACAUGGCAAAUCAAGCCACAGAAACGUUGUUCCGAAUGGCAGUAGCAAGAAGAGCUAUUACACCUUUAAGACAUGGAGAAGUCCUUUUGUUCUGCAUCACAGCUGCACUGUUCAUGUUCUUCUUCAGGUGCAAAGAUGGCUUGAAAGGAUUUACAUACUCUGCACUGAAGUUCAUUGUUGGCAAAGAAGAAAUCCCUACUCACUCCUUUUCACCUGAAGCAGUGUUUUCCAAAAUAGACAGAAAGAUCAAGCAUUGUGAAAAAGUAUCACAGUCAAUGAACAUCCUGGCUCUAACAAAAAAGCUUAUGGACAAAGUGUGCAAACAUGGCCCAAGGCAUAGAUGCUGUAAACACUAUGGAGAUAAUUGCAUCUCAUAUUGUAUUAAAGGCUUCAUUAGGAUGUUCAGCAUCGGUUACCUGAUCCAGUGUUGCCUUCGGAUUCCAUCCACCUUCCGGCAUCUGUUUACAGAACCAUCCCGGCUGCUUUCUCUCUUCUACAACAAGGAAAAUUUCCAGCUUGGAGCUUUUCUGGGAUCUUUUGUCAGUAUAUACAAAGGCACAAGCUGCUUCCUGCGUUGGGUACGAAACCUAGAUGAUGAGCUUCAUGCACUUGUAGCUGGGUGCCUAGCAGGAAUUUCCAUGAUGUUUUACAAAAGUACCACUAUCUCUAUGUAUCUGGCAUCCAAAUUAGUAGAGACUAUAUAUUUCAAAGGCAUUGAAGCAGGGAAGGUUCCCUAUUUUCCUCAUGCAGACAGCAUCAUCUAUGCCAUUUCUACAGCAAUAUGCUUUCAGGCAGCUGUCAUGGAAGUUCAGAACUUGAGGCCAUCAUACUGGAAAUUUCUUUUACGACUAACAAGUGGCAGGUUUGCUCUCAUGAACAGGAAAGUUUUAGACGUAUUUGGCACCGAAGCAUCUAAGAACUUCAAGGAUUUCACACCUAAGCUUGACCCAAGAUACACUGUUGUACCACCAGAUCUACCACUGGAGCUGUCCUGAGAACAGCAGUAAAUCCUGUCCUUGAAUGUGAUUGGCAUUUUGUCACAUAAAAUUAAUUAACAGUCUUAUAUAAGGAGGAGGCUUUGGGCUCCACUUCAGUAUUAUUUCAAUGAGAAAUGCUUUUUUACCAAUCAAAAGUACUGACAGUUUGCAGGAAAGUGUGGCUUAGUGAUUAAGCCCCUGCUGCACACAGAAAAUAUUUCUGGGUUUCUGUAGUUGGUUGACAGUGUGGUAGAUUCCUGAACAAAUUAAACCAAUGAGUAAUAUAUUUAGAGAAGAGAAGUAAAACAUAAAGAUGCAUCAUCAUUUCCUAAAUUCUGUAGUUCAUACCAAUAGUAUAUUUCUUGGUAAAAAAAAGUAUUCUUUAUUUUACAAAGGAAGACAUUUGGCAAUAGUACAGGUCCACAGAUUGACAUGAUUAUUGCAGCCAGGUGAAAUUGCCUCCUGGGCUUUCUAAAUCGUCACUGAUUUCUCUCCAAACAGCCACUGCCCACUCGUUACGUGAAAUGACAGCUAUGGCUGCAAAAUAAGGCAUUCCUUAGGAAAAGAAAAUGCAUAUCAAUUGAGAAAUCACAUUCCAGGACUGUAAAUCCCACUGGCAAUACAGAUAACAGGCUAGGAAAAUAAGGCAGCAGUACCAGUGCCUACUGCGCCGCGAGGAGCCGCGGGGUGUGGCGGCCAAUAUCUGCCAAGUGGAAAAUGACGAAACCAGCAGAGGAAGGAAUGAAACCUUCCAGCCUCUCAGAUGGUGCUGGAAAGAGCAGACAGUUACAAAAAUAAAAAAGCCAAGAACAAAACAAGAAGAAGAAGAAAAAAAA